UCCUUUAAAACGACCCCUUGGGAUAACUUCAUCGCCUUCUUUCGUUUGGCCUUUGAUCUAUAGCUUUUUUGGUUUUCGUUUUCUCAAUCAGCCAAGUAUUGAUCCAUUCUUUUUCUCGCUUUUCAAAAAAUAUUUCUCCUCCUUCGUUUGAUUCAUUUCUGUUUUCAGAUCUAUUCUCUGUUGAGUUUAAAUCUAGAUCUAGGGUUUGGUUGAAGAAAUUUGGGAUUCUGAAAAAGUAGGAAUGAUUCUGGAUUUUCUAUGAGCUAUUCAAUUCUGUUUCGUCGGAUUCGCAUUCUACACUCUUUCUCCGUCGUUUAUCUGUACUAUUCGUACGUUUUCUCAUGAAGUAAUCAUUUCCGAUCUGAUUUGUUUCAUUCUCGAGCUUUUUCGUUCGAUCUAACUAAUUCUUUGGUAGUUUAGAGAAAGGGGAUUUUGAUCAAUCGUGUCUAGUAGUUUGUGGGUAAUCAACCUAUUUAUAUUAGGAAUCUAUAUAUUCUAUUGUUUAAUUUUGGUGAGAAAAGUCAAAAAAGCCAACGGGAAAUGGGGUCGUUGCAAAGGCAGACAAGUCCUGAUUCCGACAAUGAUCCGAGGUACGCGACGGUCACGGACGAGAGGAAAAGGAAGAGAAUGAUCUCAAACAGAGAAUCCGCUCGGAGAUCAAGGAUGAGGAAACAGAAGCAACUUGGUGAUCUGAUCAACGAAGUCACUCUUCUCAAGAACGAUAACGCCAAAAUCACUGAGCAGGUUGAUGCAGCUACAAGGAAGUACGUCGAGAUGGAGUCUAAGAACAACGUCCUGAGAGCACAAGCCUUGGAGUUAACGGACAGGCUAAGAUCAUUGAACUCUGUGCUUGAGAUGGUCGAAGAGAUUAGUGGUCAGGCUUUGGAUAUUCCAGAGAUUCCUGAAUCUAUGCAGAACCCUUGGCAGAUUUCUUGUCCAAUGCAACCAAUCAUGGCUGCUGCUGAUAUGUUUGAAUGCUGAGAGGAUUUCCUACCCAAAGAAGCAUUGAGAUUUCGUCUUGGUCGGGUUCCUCAUUUGUAAAAUUGAAGAGUAAUUGGUGAAAUGAGUCGUGUGUCAUCUUUAUAAGACUUUAGUCUCUUGUUUUUCCCGUAAUUUCAGUUUGUCUGGUCUUGUUCUGGUUUUCUAGCCAUAGUCCUCUAGUCUUGUGUCGUCUACAUAAUAUAAGUUUGUCAUGUAAUUGGUUUUUUUAUGUGUUUUUAAAUGAAUUCAAGCUUUGUUAUUGGCUUAUUGUUA